AUGGCUACUGACGACUACGGCAAGAUCGCUGACCGCGUGGGCAAGCUCAAGGGCUCCCAAAACUACUCAAACUGGCUGUUCAAGCUCAAGCGAGCACUCAAGUCUCGCAGCGUACGCCACUGGGAGAUUCUCAUCGGUGAGGAUCGUCUUGAACUCACUUCCCAUCGUCCUACCCCAAGCGAGCGCACCAUGCGUGAUCAUAUCGCUAGGGAAAACAACGAAAGGGUAUUGCGUGAGCAUCGACGUCGACGACGUACCACACACUUGGGCACGAGCCCUCGCACUCAUGACACAGACGGUGAUGAACCUGCUACCAUACUACCUAAUUCUAUCCCUGAGGAUGAGCUUCUUGAGUUCGUUCGAGUCCAUUUUGACGAACCCAACAAGGAACUUGAAGAGUGGGAAGCUCUCAUGUACACCGUGCUGGAUAUCUUCAUGUCCUGUCUCGACUAUGACCCCAUGAAGCAUGUCAAACAGACUCAAGACGCAUACGAAGCCUUUAGGAUCAUUGAAAAGCUGUACAACCGUCCCACACAGCAGACCAUCGCCACCAAGUGGGCCAAACUCGAGUCCCCCGCCUCCCACCAGUGA